GUGUAACAGCAACAACCGUUAAGGCACGGCCGCUACCUGUCAGUGUCGGAGCGCAGUUCUUCUGUGAAGUUUUGGAGGGGGUGGGUGUUGUUGUUUUUUUUUUUUUGGCCCGGUUUUCCUUAACACAUAGACUCUAACGAGUUGAAUUUCCUUCUGGAACAAGAGGGAGUAUGAGGAGGUAUACUGAACGAAGGGCUGCGCUGUUUGAUUAAUUUAUAGCCUCCGCGGUCUGGACUCGGAAGAGUUUUAUAGCAGUUAAGAGAAAUGGUGGUGCCGCUUCAGCGCUGGCUCAGAGACGCUCCUCGGAGCGCAACAGUCCGGUCAGCGGUGCUGACUGCAAGUUUGUUCUUGAUUGUGUCCAUUUCCCUGUAUCCUGGGUUGAGGUCCGUCGGGGUCUUGCUCCACGCAGUCUUCACAGGAAGCUAUGUGCCGGGGUACCACUCUGUCCUUCUCAUCAACUUUCCCAAUGAACAGGCAGCGAGAGACAUUGGCAGGUCUGUCAUGGAAAGACGGCUGGCAGCUAGCGUUAACAUUCUUCCCAGGACCUUCACAAUGUACUACUGGAAAGGGGAAAUCCAGGAUGCCAGUGAAAUCCUGAUGCUGGUGAAAACAAAGACCUCCAGGAUCCAGGAUGUUGUAGAUUAUGUGAGGUCCAUCCAUCCCUAUGCAAACCCAGAAGCCCUCAGUUUCCCAGUGGGGGACGGCAGUCAGGCUUACAUGAAGUGGAUGGACGACGCCGUUCCAGAUGACUGAUAGAAGCUUAAAAUCAAAGCCCGUCGCUGCAGGAACAGCAGUCAGACAAGAACAAGUGAGCCCCAUGUGGGCGCGCUGUUGUUCAAGGUCAUCAGGACGUUUUCUGACGAGUUUGUCACCUGACAUUUAAUCUGUUUUACUGUUGUCUCAUAAAAUAUUCAUCCAUUUAUACAGAAACAUUAUUUAUGUAGGUGGGGCUUUAUCUCCAGUGGCUGUUAUUUUACGGUUAAAAAUGUAGUUUUGAGUGGCAGACUUGUCAGCAGAACUGGAGUUGUUUUUUGUUAUUAGGCAUAUAAAUUAUCUAAUUUAGACCAUUUGUACGGCAAUUCAGCAUUUAUUUUCAAAAGUCACAUUUCGUAAAAUGUAUUUGUACAUACGACACUCAUCCGUCACAUUUUUAGGUAUAAUUGUUUUUAAAUUAAAUUUUUAAAUUGCUUGUUAAUACAAACAGCAAAUCAGCCAAAUCACAAGGCAGCAACUCAUGCAUUUAGUCAUGCAGACAUGCUAAAUCUGACUUGCUGAAAUUGAACGUUGGCAUCACAAUGAGGCAAGAAACGGGAUUUAAAGAGACUUUAAAUGUGGCAUGGUUGUUGGUAUGAAACCGACCGGUCUCCCUGGUUUACAGACAGUGGUCCAAACAAACAAAAAUCUACAGUAGUUUGCAGCUGUGUGGACAUAAACCUCUUGUAAAUGUCAGAGGAGACUGGACAGACUGGAUCGAGAUAAUAGAAAAGUUAAUAGUAGUUUAAAUAACUAAACCCAGUUGUAAAUAACUGUCACAACCAGGUUUAGCAGACUACCACCUCCCCCUGCUGGGUGGUGCAGCGGCAGACGGCCACACUGGGGGCCACAGACCAGGACACUCAGGCUGCAGUUUACAAAGACGCACCAAAACUAGACAAUACAAUUUUCUAACAUCCUAACGCCUGUCCUGCAGGAUUCAGAUGGUAGUGCCAGACUUAAAACGACAUCAAAUCAUGCAUCGGUCCAGCCUUGUAUCAACCGUUUAAGCUGCUUGGUGGUGGCAAAAUGGUGUGGAGAUGUUUUCUUUGAGCAUCGUUAGAACACCGGAGGCUACCUGAAUUGUAUUGCUAACCCUCUACGGCCACGGUGUACCUAUCUUAUGGUGUCCUCUAUCAACAGGAUAAUGCACCAUGUCUCAAAGCUCAAAUCAUCCCAAACCGUUCACUCGAACACGACGAUGAGUCCGCUGUACUCAACGACAGCCACAGUCACCUGGGGUCUUGUUCACAAAUCUUGCACAAAGGAAGUGAAAGAAAAGCUUGACGUCUAAAUGUGCAGUUCCUCUUGCAGACUAUCACCCAUGCGUAAACAUUUGCGACAUGGUGAAUUGUAGCCACACUGCACUGCAGGGAUAAGUCCUCUCAGACGUUCAAUUUCACCCCAUAUCCGUCUCAAAUCAUAGAUCAACUUGAUUCCAAGCAUUCAAAAUCGCAGUGUUAUUAAUGCUUCCGCUGGUGAGCCACAACUACACAUAAGAACCUCAAAUUAAUAAAUAAAUAAAUAAACCAACUUAAGUCAAAGUUCGCACAUUUCAUACCAUCACAUUUGGUUCCCGUCGUGUGCGUAUGCAGACUUUCUAAAUGAGACCCCUGCUCUGUAUCCAACAGAGCAGGAUGUGGCAGACCAGGAGAUUUGCAUCAUGAAGGUGCAGCCAACAAAUCUGCAGCAACUAUUUGACGGCAUCCUGUCAGCAUGGACCAACCUCUCUGAGGAGUGCUUCAGACGCUUUGUUGCCACGUAGGACAAACCUGUUUUUAAGGAAGAAGAGGCUCCAGCGUGGUACUAGCAAGGUGUACCUAACAAAUAGACCAUUCGGUGUAAUUUACAUAAGUGUAUUUCAAUUUUAAGCAGAUUUGAGUGCUGAAGAAUUACAGUUUUUUUUUUUUAUAAGAUGAGAUAGGAAGUGUUAUUAUAAAAAAGCAGAAAACAUGAAUGCACAAAAAAACACAUUUGGAACCAAAGAUAUUUAUAGAUAAACUUACGGUACAUUCUUAGCUGUACCUCUGAAUGUGCAGUGUUGUGAUAUUUGGUAUGUCAGACUGCACUGACUACUUUAAGUGAUUUUUUUUUUUCUGAUCAAAGCAGGUCUCCCAGAUGUAACGUAUAGCUGAAGCUCCAUUAAUACGAUUGGAGGAGUAAAUGUUAAGAUAAUUUAAAUUUAAUUUAAAAAUUGAUUCAUGCAUUCAUGUGAAGGUGUCCAAAAGCUUUUAUUGUGUAGAGUACAACAAAUCUACAUCAUGUUCCCUGUUUGCUGUCACAUGAAUCGCAUCAGUCACAGAGCUCCCACCACUAAGCAGAAAUCCUCAACAUGCCUCAGUACGCUGAAGGUCUUUCCGUUAUCGGGCUUCAAUGACAGACAAAAAAAAAAAAAAAA